CAUAUCGUAAGCUGAAACGGUGAUCCGCUUUGCCAAACAAGUCGUGCAUUAUUUUGGUGUGUGCGCCAGACAAACUAGCAGCUCUCCGGAUGUGCAGCUUCUUUAUUUUUGCUGCGCGAUCGAAAAUGUGAAGCGCGAUCAAGCAGCGGUUUAGCGCCACGAAACUUAUAAACGACGACGAAAGGUGUAUGUUUGUGUGUGUCACUCGCUCUAUGUGUUUGUGAGUGCAUAUGUUUCGAGCGUGAGUGAGAGAAAGAAAGUUUUGGCAAUAGUAAAAGAAAAAGAAAAAGAAGAGCAACCUUUCUUCCCCCCUCCAUCAUCGUCAUCUCUACGGGGGCGCCACACGGUGUGUGUGUUGUUUGUCGGUCGAUGAGGAGGAGACCGAGACGAGCCAGAAGUGAAGUGAGAGCAACGUGAGAGAAAGCAUCGCCGCUGCCGCCACCGCAACAACGAAUUAGGUGUACUGUUGCCGAAAGGGAAGGGAAAGCAAGAGGUGUGAGGGGGAAACCAGCCCGCGGCACACGCCUGUCGCACGGCGGCGUGUGUGUGUGUGAAACGUGGAGGGCAAAACCGCUACUAACAGCGCCCCACCGCACCGUGUGUACGACCUGCUGCCACCCACCACCCUCAAAAUCGCGACCGCCCCCUGUCCCACGCUCUCCGUCCCUUCCCUGGGCACAGAGGUGGUACCGACGAAACCAGACGAACUGGAACAAGCGGGGACAGCAGGCCGCGAGCGAGCGAGCAAAAUCUACACUCCCCGCUACACCCCUCCCCACCUACACACCGCCCAACCCGUGUGCCCCGUGGCCGAUCGUGCACGGGCGGCGAUCGUCGCGCCACCCUUCCCUCUGCAGGCGCGGCGCGAGUCAGCGAAGAAGCAGUGGCCAAGAAGUGAACUAUAACGAAACACACUCAGGUUCUCGCCGUGGACUAUGGAUCCAAUAUUCUUUUCUCCCUCCAAUGGAGUUCCUUCAGAGAGCAAGCUGGCAACGUACAUGAGUCGUCAAAACGGAACGACUGCCGCGUACGGACUGCCGAUGGGUCUCUCCAAGAUAACGCUCGAUUCUCCCAUAUCGCUCAAAAAAACACAGGUGACACCACAGUCGCCCGAAUUCAUUCCAAACAAUCGACUGAGCACGUCCUCGUCGCCGAACUUUUACUCGUCCUACUCGAUACUUAGCAGCAGCAAUGGCAGCGCCGGCAGCAACGGCAGUACGGCCGCUGCCGCCGCCCAACCGCCGUCCCAGCAGGCCACCGUCGUACCGGCGGCGGUGCUGUCCUCGGUAGUGAAGAGCGGCGGGGUCGUCACCAACGGUGGCUACGUUGGGCCGGGUGGCGGCGGACCCGUACCGGGCAACAUACUGGCCGGUGCACUCAGCAGCACAUCCGCCUUUGCGGUCACACCGAUCAAGGGACGAAACAUGCUGCGAAACGAAUCACCGCAAAGUACUAAUACAUCUCCCCGUAUUACGCCCCAACCUUCACCACCGCCAAUUACCACCAACAUUCAUCAAGAAAAUGUUGGUGGCACUACGUACUUCUAUCCAACGGCAGCCAACCAUCAGCUGUCGUCGAGCAGUACAGUUAACACGACUGAUAACUCCUUUGUCCACAUAGCAAGCUCACAAAUUAAUAUAAGUUACACCCAUCCAGGACAUGUUUACCCGGGACCUGCAUCGCACGUGAUCAACAUGCAAUCGAAGGCACAAGUGUCGGCCGCAUUCUUCAUGCAGGACGAGCUGCGGAACGACAUUUUAGCGCGAAACGAACUCAUCAACAGUAUCGAGAGCGACGGUCAAGAUAUACCUCUGGAAGUGGAAAACUAUCACUCGCUGUGUUUGCUCGAGUCGGUACAGCUGCACACGAAGCUGGCACCGUCGUCCACGUACCGGGCAACGCAUGCCGUUACCGGCGUCAAGUACUGCCUGCGGCGUCUUCAUGGUUUCCGUCUACAGUCCACCAAAUGUGUGCAGGUGGUGGAUAAGUGGAAGAAGCUGCAGCACACAAAUAUUGUGCAGCUGCGGGAAGUCUUUACCACGAAAACUUUCGGUGAUAAUUCUUUAGUUAUGGUGUACGACUAUCAUCCCGGGUCACAGACGCUGCUCUCCAAGUACUUCACAUCCGUUCCGGAAACGAACGGCUACACCGACCCGUUCGCCGGCGAAGCUCGUCCCUUCAGCCACAAAAGUUCUCUACAUCGUACAGCCGCCACGUCACUCCUGCCAGAGAAUGAAAUAUGGUCAAUUAUCAUACAGCUGAGUGCGGGUCUGCGUGCGAUACACCAGGCCGGGCUAGCGUGCCGUACGUUAGAUCCGACGAAAAUCAUUGUGACCGGCAAACGGAUACGGUACAGCUGUGUGGGCAUAUCGGACAUCUUCUCGUUCGACCCGAACCAACCAAACCCGCUCACGGUGUUAGAUCAUCAUCAGCAGGAGGAUCUAUUGGCACUGGGAAAGCUAAUACUGGCGUUAGCUUGCCGUUCCUUACAAUCGGUCCAGCGGGAUCAAAUUCAAAGCAGCGUCGAGCUCGUCUCCCGUCACUACUCUUCUGAUCUUAGAAAUAUUCUAAUAUGUCUGCUGAACACGAAUACCCGCCGCUCGGUGACGGAGAUCAUGCCCAUGAUCGGUGCCCGAUUCUACGUGCAGCUCGACGCACUCCAAGCCCAAUGUGAUAUACAGGAGGAUGAACUGGCGAAAGAGAUGGAGAACGGCCGACUGUACCGGCUGCUCGUGAAGCUCGGCUGCAUCAACGAACGGCCAGAGCUAAACCUGGACGUGACGUGGUCGGAAACAGGCGAUCGCUACAUGUUGAAACUGUUUCGGGACUAUCUCUUCCACACCGUCACCGAGGAUGGCCGCCCGUGGCUGAACCAGUCCCAUAUCGUACAGUGCCUCAACAAGCUGGAUGCUGGCACGAUGGAAAAGGUUCAACUUAUGUCCCGUGACGAACAAUCAGUAUUAGUGGUGACCUAUGCUGAGCUGAAGCACUGUCUCGAUCAGGCAUUUUCCGAGCUGGUAGCAGCCAGCGAAGGUUCCGUCUAGUGGCCAACCGGCACUGCAUGGCCGCCGCCGUCGCCGCCGCCCCCCUCACGCUGCACCGGAUGAAGGGCGAAAGAAGGCUGGCUGCUGCUCUGGCGUGCAGCAGCGAUCAAUCCAUCUUCCUUUCACCUUUUCGUGCGUGUGUGUGUGUGUGCAGUGCAGUUGCUCCUUCUCUACGCCCGCGUUUACGUUCCCACAGCCACCUCUCCCUCUUCCCAUCAAAUCCCGCCAAACGGUCCGAUCUCUCCGUCUUUUCCUACAGUUACUAUAUUAGGUUGUGUCGUGCACUUGGUUCUUACUUCAGCCAAUGAGUUUUCUCUCUUUCUCUCGUUAUUUUUUUUUUUCUUGCAGAACUGCAAUUCACAUGAAAUAAUGCGCCAAUAAUACUCGCCCAAUCACCGCCCGGUGGUAUAGUGUGUUUGUGGCAGGAAAGGAGGAAAGAGUAUUAUUAAUCUUUUUUUUUUUUUGGCAAUCUUCCACCAUACCGAAUGGUUCGAAAACAGGGAAAAAGUACAUUGUUUGUUGAAAGCGUGUUAAAGUUAUAGACUGAUCGAAACACAAAGAAACAAAACACAAGAAACGGAAGAAUCUAUACAGUCGAUAGUAAAACAAUGCAAGAAACAACAACAACAACAACAAAACGGUAUGUACAACAACGACUUCAAAGUGGUGUAACUAUCAUUUGUGAUACAACAAUAUACUAAAAAAAAGGAAAAAGUGCGGACUUCGCUCACUGUUUCUGCUCCAGCUUUUGGAGUGGAGUUGGGCGGGCGCAGCUCCGCAUCAUGGUGAAUUAUAAUUGUGCAAACAUUCUCUACAAACCGCUUUACCCUUUCCGUUAUAUGUCCUGCUUGAUGCUUAAUGUUCCACGAUUAAGUUGUGAUUUAUUUAGGCUUCAAUCGAUUGGUCCCGAAUGGAGUUCUGGUAUGGUAGCUUUUUUGUUUGUUUGUUUCGUGCAUCGAGUUAUUGCACACACACACACACAGCGUAGACAAAACACGGCAUUAACAGUUCCUGGGAUAUAAUGCUGGCGGUAUACAAAUAGUGUACGUUCUGAUGUUCUGUUAAUUGAAACGAUCCGUUAUGGAAACACUUACAAAGCAGAAAGAUCGCAUUGUGCUAGUUUAAGGUUGAGAUGAAAUAGGCGUUUUAGGUGAUUUAAGGAUUUCUGUUUAAACGAAAAAGCGAUCCAACAGGGUGAUAAAACACAAACAAACAAAAGUAAGGAAAGAGAUAAAUGGAACAUGUUUUUUUUUACUUUUUCUGUUUCCACAUUGUGUUAUUGAAAUUGAUUUGUCUCGCUCUAGAAUGUAAAUGUGUAUCGGAAAAUUGUAGUACAACUUCUCAAACGUAAGACUGUUGCUUCUAAAAGCACUUGUUUUUCUUUCCCUUUUUUGUGGUGCGAUCAAGUCUUUGACUAAGUGUGUGGGUUGUUUUGGAUUUUUUUGUUCUGGGAAGAAAUUCGAAGUUUAUUUUAACUUUAAACUACUUGUGGUGCACAUAGCAGCUGACACUUUUUUUUGUGCAUAAAUACUGUUCGUAAGAGACAAUUGCAGUGGAAUUUUAACUAAAACAACAAUAAAAACUAUGUUGUUUAGUAGUUUAGUAAGGGUGACUUACUUUUCCCCCUCGCGCUAAGUGAUGUGUUACAGCUUGCAAUGACGGGUUGUUUAAGCUAAAGUGGAACAGUAUCGGCAUCGGGCAAACAAGGAAGCAAAUGUGUUUUGUGUUCGUUUCAAAGUCGCAAAAACGAAGUGACGGAGAGGAAAAUUAUAUGUUAAUUGAAGUUGAAGUUGAAGAUUGGAACACGCUCAACACCACCCGCUACGUUGAGCAAUGGCAGACGUGGAGGCAAGGGGGAAAAAGCUCCAGAAGCAAAUAUAUAUACACACACAUACAUAUACUUCCAAGAGAAACACAGGAGGAUGUGGGCCGAAGCCGCGGCAGGACAUACUGAUAAAACUCUGGGCAAAGAAGGAGAGGGAGGCGCGGCGGUGCUGACGGAGUGGGGCCGUGCCGUGUUUGUUGGUUAUUUGAAGGUAAAACAUGAAAAAAGACUUUUUAUUGUGACAAAUAAUAUUUAACGCAAACAAGCAAGCACACAUGCGAGAGAGAGAGAGAGAGAGAUGCAUCGCGUGUCGCGUAAGAAGGGCGCACGCAUUAUAAUACGCAGCAGCCGCAUGUGAACGUGCAUGUGUAGCUGAAAACGAAAAGAAAACACAAGAGAAGAGAAAGAGAGAGAGAAACAGAGAGAGAAAAACAAGAUAAAUUAAACCAGAGAUAUAUUUGUAUAAAAAAAUGGAAUAGAAAACAGGCGAAAAAGUGUGGCGGAAAAUAUGCACAAAAUGGAGAAAAUAGAUCAAAAAAUGAAGUGGAACAGAGACAGACAGUGGAGAGGCAGUGCUUGUUGAGCGCAAUUAUGUUUCCAGUUUUGGGCACAGUUGCGUGUCACCAUCAGGGCCUGAUGUAUUGUCUUGUUGGACUUUUCCACUGGCGAACCGACCCGGUCGGACAACAGAACUGGAAGCUAUCUGCUUUUUUUUUUUAUUUUUUUUGGUUUCAUUCUUUGCUUACCUUUUUUGAUAGAACUCUUCUAGUUGAGCUGCUUUUCAUAAAUUUUCAUAAUGCUCUAUGGUUUUUCCUUUUCUGUUUAUAUGUUCUUCCGUUCCGUUUCCUGUUAACAAAAUUUUCUCUCCUUUUUUUUGCCUUACCUUUCCCCCCACUUCUGAUCCAAACGCUCUUGGAAUUCGUUUAUAAGAAAACAACAAUCAUUUCUACACUCUUAUUAUAGCCGGCUGACGCUGCUGUGCAACAGGCCACAGCGUAAAGCAGAAGGCGCGAUAAAAAAAAUAUUAUUUACAUAACAAAACAAAAAAUAACGCAUAGAAUACUUACCUUUUAAAAUAUAUUGUAUGUGUAAUAUGGCCGUGUAGAUUCUAUUUCGAUAGCUUCAGCAUACGAAGCGAACCUCUAGCAGCGCGCGCCGAAAAUGGCAGCAACGCACGAAGACGACGACGACGACGAUGAUGAUUAAAUGUGUAGCAACACUGAAACGAUGGUAGCUUUUCGUAUUUGUUUUUUUUUUCUGUUUUGUUUUACGUUUUUAAAAAGCAUCUAACCCCUUCCCCCUCUGUUCCACCUCCCCGGAACAGAUUUUCUAUGUUUUCUGUCUCUCGAACACACACACAUAGACAGAUAGGCACGAAACGAUCGUAAAUAUCAUCAUCCCUCCGUUGUGAUAAUGCAAGAACCCGCGAUCUGAUCUCAUUUAACUUUUGGUUAUCCCGGACUGAAUGGACACACAGUUUUUGAUAACGUACAGAAACACAUAAACACUUGCGUACGCGUUUCCAUUGUGCGGGAGUUGGUUGGUGUUUUUUUUUCGAUGUUGUUCUGGCAAUUUUCUACUAACACUACUCCCACCCACCACCACUGAGCAACCAAAACAACUGCGCCUGUAACGCGAAGGAAAAAUUAGAACUUACAAAACUAUAAUCAACACAUGGUACAAUCGAAAGACACGGGCGUCCUUGCUUUAUUUUUCCGUUUUUCAAUUAGCCAUGGACAAAAGCAAGAAGAAGAAAAAUACAAAAUUUGUUAGGAAAAAAAAAUAAUAAACAUCAACAAAAACAAACAAACCGAACCAACCAAAACACAGGAAACCGAAAAGGAACACACGAAAGAAAGGCAUCGGGAGCAUCGGUGUGCAAGCAAAAGGAAAAUGGAAAAGUUAAACAAAAAAAGGGAAAAUGAUACAUCAAUACACUACAAAUAAUGCACUAAGAUAAUGAAGAAGAAAGAAACAAAGCAGAAUACAAAAAAAAAACAAAGAGAGA